AAUGUGUUACGCUUUGCAAGAUAAACACUAUUGUCUCAUUUAACCUUUUAUAAAAUGAUUACAGCAACAGCGAUAUUUAAGUUUAAACGCGUAAAGACAUUGUGGUCUUUUAAUAAAUAUUUUUCAGUUAAUCAUUUUAAACAUCAAUUUCAAACUGACCACAAAAACGUUAAAGAUUUUUAUGAUAUUCCUGGACCCAAAAGUUAUCCUGUUGUGGGGACUUUGUAUAAAUAUUUUCCAUUCUUUGGUGACUACGAUGCGGAAGAAUUACACCAUUGUGCAUGGGUUAAUUGGUGUAAGUAUGGAGAUAUAGUUCGAGAAGUUCCUGGUAUUAAUUUGGUACAUGUAUACGAUCCUGAGGUUAUUGAAGAUGUAUUUCGACAAAAGGAAAAAUACCCAGCAAGGAGGAGCCACAUAGCUAUGCUCCAUUAUCGUUUAAGCAAACCAAAUGUUUAUAACACAGGCGGUCUUCUCUCAACGAAUGGCCCCGAUUGGUGGAGAAUUCGAAGCGCAUUCCAAAAAAACUUUUCGAGUCCUCAAAACGCAAAACAAUAUGUUGAUAUCACUGAUAAUAUUGCUUAUAAUUUAGUACAAAUAAUAAAAACUAACAAAAUUACACACAAUGAAGAUUUUUUAGAUUAUUUAAAUCGAUUUUUCUUAGACGUUAUAGGAGCAAUUGCCUUUGACAAAAACUUUGAUAGUUUCUCCGAAAGUGAGCAACAUCCAGAUUCUUGCAGUAGUAAAAUUAUAAAAGCAGCUUUUGGUUCCAAUAGCGGCAUCAUGAAACUUGACAAAGGCAUUUUGUGGAGGUUCUGUAAAACUCCUCUGUACAGACAACUUGAAAAAUCUCAGGAAUAUUUAGAAAAAAUAUCCACAGAGAUACUUUUAAAUAAAAUACAGUUUUACAAAAAAGACGAUAGCACAGAUCGUUCCCUUCUAGCUUCUUUUGUUAAAUUGUCUAAUAUAGAUUUAAAAGAUAUCGUUGGUGUUAUGGUUGACAUUUUAAUGGCGGCAAUAGAUACGACUUCAUAUACAACAAGCUUUGCUUUAUAUCAUUUGGCACAGAAUAAAACCUGUCAAGAAAAGUUAUACAACGAAGUAUUAACCUUACUGCCUUCAACUGAUUCAAAAAUAACUGCCGAUGUAUUAGCUAAAGCUGUUUAUUUACGGAGUUGUGUUAAGGAAAGUUUACGGUUAAACCCUGUAUCAAUAGGAGUUGGUCGAGUGUUACAAAAUGAUGUAAUUUUAAAAGGAUAUUUGGUACCAAAGGGGACGGUAAUAGUAACACAAAACAUGAUAGCGUCUCGUCUGCCGCAAUAUUUAAAGGAUCCUUCUGAAUUUAAACCCGAGCGCUGGAUUCGCAAUUCGCCGGAAUACGAACACAUUCAUCCAUUCCUGAGUCUUCCAUUUGGCUUCGGAUCCCGAGCGUGCAUCGCGAGACAUUUGGCCGAACAAAAUAUAUCCAUUACAUUAAUGAGAUUAAUUAAGGAAUUUCAUAUCAAAUGGAUGGGAGGAAAACUUGGAGUGAAAACAUAUUUAAUCAAUAAACCUGACCAACCUAUAUCAUUGCAAUUUACUACAAGGUCAUCGUAAUAAUUUUUUAUCCUAAUUAAAU